AUGGCAUCAGAGGGUACUGGUCCAAAAAUAGAGGUACCACAGGAAGAGAAGGAGGCAAAGGAGAAAGGCAACGGAGAAGAAAAGACAGACGCGAAGGAUGGCGAAGGAAUGAUUAACGACAUCAUCGCCAACAACGCUGUAGAUGUGCAGCCCGUUGAGCCUGAGAACAAGAUGAUGUUUUCGAAAGCGAAGGUUCUUGAUGAGGAGGAGCUCUCGUUCUGGAAUAUAGACAGCUAUCUGCACAGCAAAUUUAGCUAUAUUCCGGAGACGAUUAGAGGACUGCUAGAGAUUAUUGUUGUAGUGACGUUAUUCAUGGUGUUUCCUGUGAUGCUUGGCUUCUUAGAACGGGGAAAUGAAACUACCCGCCUUCCGGCUCAGGUAUUUCAGAACACAGGGAAGGGGCCAACAUAUUUGUUCUUUCGGAUCAAUCUUUUCAUAUCGAUGAGCUACUCGAUCUACGUGGUGGUUUCUCUGUUUGCAAGCAACAUUCUGUAUAUUAUCGUUGCAGUUUUAAAUUUUUUCAGUUUUGACCUUGAUGAGUACACCAUAGAAGUCAUUCAAGUGAUAAAUUCGACGUCAUGGUGCUGGAAGCAGUCUCUCAUAGCAUUUCUGAUCUUUCUUGCAGCAUCGAUUACCUCACAGCCGUACGAGUUUGGAGAUAACGAUGGGAGCUAUAAGUACAAGGUCAUCACCAUGGUGCUUAUGUACUCCAUCUUUAUGCUGGUGAUAUUUGUAGAGAAGUUCUUCAUGUGCUUUAUGAUUUCCGAGAUAAGGAGAAAAGAGUAUAGAGACCGGAUAUGGGAUAUCAAUUACAAGACAUUUGUAUUCAAGAAGCUGGCAGCAAUUUCAGAGGCGCAUCCAUGGGAGAGGAAGGAGCUUGCAGAGACCAUGGAACCGGACCUUGAUCCGGGGUUCUAUCUAAAGUACAGCGACCUGAAGCUGAACUCUGUAGAGGCUGCAGAGACUGUUGCGGAGUCUAUCUUCGGGUUUCUGGAGGUUCGGACGCUUAUAUAUGAGGAUCUUGUGAAGUUCUUUCCAAACAACCACGACGAAGUGUAUGAGUAUCUGGCAGAGAACUCCGAGAUCAAGGACAAGAACAAUCCUCCGAUAACAUUUGAAGAUCUCAAGGCCAAGGCUGUUGCCCUGUACAAGGAGAGAACGGACAUAUCAAGAACCCUCCAGUCUCGAGACAUCGUCAUUAACAAGCUGGACAUAAUCCUUGUUGCAAUUGCAAUGUAUUUUGGGGUUGUGGUGGUGAUGAUUCUCCUAGGAAUCAACUACUCGGGGAUGCUUGCAGCGAUUGUUCCAUCGAUUGUGACCUUCAGUUGGAUAUUCUCUGACACUAUCAAGGAGAUAUACAACUGUUUUAUAUUCCUUCUGGUGAACCAUCCCUACGAUUUCGGAGACAGAGUUGUGAUAGACGGGGAGGAGCUCUAUGUGUCUUCUGUUGACUUGUUGUCGUCGACUUUUACCGGAGUAAAUGGGAGGCAAGUGUUUAUACCAACAUCGGCCCUAUUUAGGGCAAAGAUCCAUAACAUAAGGAGAUCUGGAAAGCAGUCCUCUGAGGUCAACAUCCUAGUGAGCAAGAUGACCUCGUUUGAUGCAGCGCUUAGACUCAAAGACCGUGUUGCAAGGAUGCUCUCCGAGUCGAAGUCGUUUUCUGGGGAGAUCUACAUUCGGGAGUUCAGGGCAGAAGGGGACCAUGUCAGGAUCUGCCUUGCCAUCCAGCAUCAGUCGAAUUUCCAGGAUGUCAAGAAGAAGCACGACAGAAGAAUUGAGAUUGUAAGUAUACUAGAGAAAGAAAUGAAGGCGCAGGGAAUAGAAUAUCUAAAUUCAUAUACGUUUAACGAGUGA